GCUGAGUGACCAACUACAUGCACUCUUGCUGACACUGUGUGAAGAUCUGCCACACAGAAGACUUUCUCCUGAAUCCAUUCUGGAAGCAUGUGAAGCACAUCAGAAGGAAUCUUCUUCCUUACCAGCAAAGUUCUACAUAAAGAGAAUGGUUCAGUUUGCAGUGGGAAGUGUCAGUGAGACGGAGCAGGUGGUCACUGAAGACAGCACAGCCUCUCAGCUGAACAGAAGUCACGUGAUAAGGAAAAGACUGCAUGAAAAAAUAUCGGACACCUCAACACUGGCAUCCCAGAUGGAUUUUCACCAAGACAAAGGGCCCAGAUUAAUGAACUAUAGUCAAUCAACAGAAGAUUACAGACAACUCUCUGCGGAUUAUAGUGACUCUAACAGUAUAUCUGAAAGUACAUCUUUGAUACUGUCUAAUCGAGGACACAGGAGAGGAAAAGUACCAGAGACACACAGAUCAUGUGACACUACACUUAGUGGGUCAAGGACAGAAAGCAGCUACAAGCUCUUCAUAAACAGGUCGGUGAGCGCAGUAGAAGAAAUCCCGGGUGGAGCUCAGAAGAACAGCCGACAGAACCUGCUGAGCUUGGGCUCCACCUUCUCUGUGUCCACAAAGGACUACUCAGCACCUGCCGCAUCACAGAAAUGUUUGUUCCAUAGGAAGGAAAAGUUUUCAGGUCCAGAAUUUAUUAUUUUGUCCAGUGAACCACCAGUGACCUUACAGCUGCCUGGAUCAAUUGUGACUAAAAAAGGGAAAUCCUAUUUGUCCCAAAGGGAUCUCAAUGUGAUUCUCCUCAAUGGCCAGUGCCUUGAGGUGCAAUGUGACAUCAAGACCAAGGCAAGAGAUGUUUUCAACACUGUGGUGGCCUAUGCAAACUUGGUGGAACAUUUCUACUUUGGCUUGGCUUACCUGAAAGGUAAAGAAUUCUUCUUUUUGGAUGAGGAGACCAAACUCUACAAAGUGGCCCCAGAUGGCUGGAAUGACCAACCCAAGAAGAAAAUGUCCAUCAUAAACUUCACUCUCUUUCUAAGGAUAAAAUUCUUUGUCAACCACUUUAAUGUUAUUCAGCAUGGCUUGACAAGGCAUCAGUUUUACCUGCAGCUUCGUAAAGAUAUUUUGGAGGAGCGAUUAUAUUGCAGUGAUGAGACUGCCCUGAAACUCGGCGCUUUGGCUUUACAGGCAGAGCUUGGCAAUUAUGCUUCUGAGAUGCAUGGAAAGAGCUAUUUUCGUGUUGAAGACUACGUUCCAGCCAGUCGAAUAGAGAAAAUGACCCUGGCAUAUGUACAGAGAGAGCUUGCUAAAUUACAUCGUAUGAAUCGCUCCCUGUUUGAGGAUGAAGCUGAACUAGAAUUUUUAAAGGUGACUCAGCAACUUCCUGAAUAUGGAGUGUUAUUCUAUCGUGUGUCCCAAGAGAAGAAAGGGACAGAAGGGGACAUCAUCCUGGGAAUCUGUGCCAAAGGCAUCAUUGUCUAUGAGAACAAAAAUCACACAAGAAUUGCCAGUUUAAGAUUUCAGUGGCGUGAAACAGAGAGAAUUUCAGCUCACAGAAAAAAAUUCAUGAUUGAAAGCAGCUUCAGUGGUAAGAAACACACCUUCAUUACUGAUACAGCAAAGACAUGUAAAUACCUCCUGGAUCUCUGCUCUGCCCAGCACAAAUUCAAUGCACAGAUGAAUUCUAGGCAACUUCGUCAAACUUCAUCAGAGGAUAGUAAAUUUGUGGAAAUAGACAAAUCAAAUUCUGCAUAUGCAGCUCAGCAUGAACACCUUGCCCUUAUUCAGAGACUGUCUCGCUCAGAGAAUGUGCUCUAUGGAGCAAACCUGGAAAACCUUUCUGCUGGGAUGAUGAGCAAAUCUUGUGAUAACCUCAGUGUGGAAACCAACAACAGGACUAGACACAAAAGCAAUCUUGGCAGAUCUGUAUCAGGGCUAUCCCAGUCAGAAAUGCACAUCAAUUUGAAUGGAAAGCAAAGGACUUACGACUUCCUCUCUAUCCAUUCAGCUCAGAACACCAUGAGUGCACCUGGAUCACCAGCCAUCCAAAAGGAAGUUUUGCUGAGUGGUCUAGAAAGAGAAAUCAUAUGUGUCAGCCUAAAACGUGACCCUAAGAAUGGAUUUGGUUUUGUAAUUAUUGGAGGAGAAAAUGUAGGAAAAUUAGACCUUGGUAUCUUUAUCGCUUCAAUUAUCCCUGGGGGACCUGCAGACAGAGCUGGAAAUAUCAAACCAGGAGGACGACUCAUCUCUGUGAAUAAUAUUAGUCUUGAGGGUGUUUCAUUUAAUACUGCAGUUAAAAUCAUACAGAACUCUCCCGAUGAAGUGGAGCUCAUCAUCUCUCAACCCAAAGACAUGUAUGAAGAAGGAUUAAAUGAAGAAAAGAAUCUCUCAAGAGGAAACAGCACUAGUGGAUCUGAGAUCUCUUGUGUAGACAGUGGGAGAAAAAAGAUUCAGGAUUGUCAUACAGCUCCCCCCAGAGAACAGGACACAAAUAUAGAUGAACUUGAGAAGACUCUUUCCUGGAAUUUAGCAUCAAAAUUGGGCCCUAGGAUUCCAGUUCCUUCAGCUGAUAGCCUGGAUAUAGAGGCAGCUGAUUCUUCCCACUUACCAUCUCCAUCAGAAACCAACUCAAAGGAAGUCUACACGGUGGACCUUGUUAAAGAAGAUGGGACUUUUGGAAUCAGCGUGACUGGUGGAAUUAACACCAGUGUGCGUCAUGGUGGGAUAUAUGUGAAGUCAAUUAUUCCCAGGGGACCAGCAGAUAAGGACGGACAAAUAAAGAUAGGUGAUCGUCUGCUGGAAGUAGAUGGCAUCAGCCUCUGUGGCAUCACCCACAAACAGGCUGUGGAGCACCUUAAGAAAUCUGGCCAGAUUGCCAAACUGGUUCUAGAAAGGGGAAACUACCAAUUGGCAGAGCCUUGUCUGACUGCUAAUGACAGAAAGGAGGACCAGUGUGCAGUUGUCUCUGUGGCAACAUCCCUCACAGAUGGCACCAAGGACUGCUGCUUUUUGACAGAUGAUAACACAUUUGAAGUGAAAUUAACCAAGAAUUCUGGAGGCCUUGGAUUUAGUGUUCUGCAGAUGGAAGGAGAUACCUGUGAACACCUUGGAGGAGCUAUUGUCAGGAUCAAAAGACUGUUUCCAGGGCAGCCAGCUGAAGAGAAUGGAGAAAUUGAAGUUGGAGAUGUCAUUUUAGCUGUGAAUGGGAAACCUCUCAAAGGGCUCCUGUAUCAGGAUGUCCUGCAUUUGUUAAGAGGAGCUCCUCGAGAAGUUACACUGCUACUUUGCAGACCACCAAAAGGUGUUCUUCCAGAAAUAGAGCAGACUGCUCUGACUCCAGCACCAUCUCCAGUUAAGGACUUUGUGGCAGAAAUGCCAGGCAGCACAGGGGCAGGAAACAGUAUGGAUCAAUCUACCAGUGAUGGAGGUAGCAGCUCUCCAGACCUCGAAGACUGCCUUGAUUCUCCAGUGGGAGAAGAUUUCAGUGAGCCUCCUGAGGAUGACAGCUCAGCUUACGAAGAGCAGGAAGCUGAGUUUCAAGAGAAACCCAUGCAGAAACUCCCAACUUCCAGAGAAAGUUUCUAUAAGCAUCUUUGGAAGAUUCAUCAAGAAGCUUCCAGUUCUGAAUUCUUCCACUCUCUAGAGGAGGAAGUGAAGCAGAACUGCUACUCACCAUGUGAGUUUGGACAGGCCAAAAGCCUCGUAUUUAAUAAGAGUCAUGAUGACCUAUUGAACACAAAAUGUAUGCCUGAAACUCUUUCUCUAACCCCUAUUGAUGAAGAGUAUCUCACUGUCAGCUCAAUGUCUGUGACUUCACUUCCACGAGGAGGAGGAAGCUCCAAGACAGUCUCUGCAACCACUGAGACCCCACAGCCACGUGUGUGUGGCCCCUCAUCAUCGUCCCUGCCUGCCAGAGAGACACAUGACAGUGACAAUGAGUGGGAAGACUUGGAGGAACCAGAGGAAGAGAAGGAAGAAAAUGAAGACUGCAUUCAGGUAUCGGCACCAAAUUACCAACAGGAAAUGGAGAUCUUUGUGACUUUGACGAAGUCAGAGAACAAUGGUUAUGGAUUCUCUGUAGUUCUUAACAAAAUGGACACCUGCCUGUAUGUUGAUGAAAUCUUGAAUGAUCCUGCCCUUUCUGAUGGAAGAUUGAGAAGGGGAGACAGAAUCAUUAUGGUGAAUGGAAUUGAUGUCACAUCUUUACCCUGCAAGGAAGUCCUGACUUUACUGCAAAGCUCUCCUCCAGAUCUGCACCUCGUGGUUGGUCGUGCUGACAGUGAUCCACGUCCCUCAGUUAGGCCAGAUGAGAUUCCUGAAAUUACACUCACAAAGGGUGCCGAUGGACAGCUAGGCUUGAAGCUGACAGGAGGAGCUGGAAGCAAGUUACAAGGUAUUUAUGUGCUAGAGAUAGUGCCUGGCUCUCCUGCCAGUGUGGAAGGCAGUUUGCAGCCACGAGAUCAGAUUGUUUACAUCUGUGGACUGUGCACUGAGGGCAUUAGCCUGGAUGAUGCAGUGAGAGUGUGUGAAGCUGCCACCCAGAAUGUUCGAAUCAAAGCCACAAGAAAUGGCAAUCCAGUGGUUCCUAUAGAGCAGGAAAAUAGGCCACCAGCUGAAACAGAGAAAGCAAAUAUUUCUUUGUCAAAUGAAACCUUGAACUCCCAAGAACAGCAUCUGCUGCAUCAACAUGAGAAACAUUCGGAGGAAACAAACUGUGAUGCUCAGCAGAACACUCCCGAUUCUCCAGAAUGUAAAGACUUCAUUAUUAAGAUUGAGCUGGAAAAAGCUGAAAAUGGAAGCCUAGGAUUUGCACUGGUAGGUGGAAAAAAUGGCAGGGCUAUCCUAAUAAAAGCCAUCAGCCCAGACAGCAGUGCAGAUCUGGACGGGAGGCUUCAAGUUGGUGACAUCUUACUGAAGGUGAACGAGACUUUUGUGUCUGGUCUGCCACGCCAAACAGUUACAGACCUGCUGCGCAAGGCGCAAGGCACUGUUCAACUCACUGUCUGCCGAAGCGUGGCCUUGCACUGGGCUUAUUCAGGCAGCCAGAGCAACAGAGCUUCCCCUCCAAACACAAAAGCAGAGCCUGCAAGUGUUGGGGAAAGCCUGCAAGCUCAGCCUGUUUUCAGUUUCAAGGAAGAAGGCUCCAACCAAAUGUGCAACAAGGAUGCAGAAAGAACAGACAAAUCUCCUCUGCAAGGUCAGCUGGCUGAACAAGACUAUAAGGAGCUCAUCAGUAACAUUUCAGACAGGUCACAGAAAUGUGCAGAAUGUGAAAGCUGCAGAAGAGAAAAUCAACAGUCUGAGUCAGGCAGCUGGAACAAUGAAGAUGAUGUUAUGCCCCACAGGAUUCCUGUUCUACCUAGAAACAGAACCUUUGCUUCUGGAGAUGAACUGACUCAGUUAAUUAACUUGAAACCAUCACAGAGUGGAGUAGAUCCAAGGACUGGCAUAACAGGUCUUAUUCAAGGCCUUCAGCUGCGGAUUGAGAACCAAGAGGUGCUAAAGGAGUUUAUGGCUUUAGAACAUGUGAAACCAAUAGAUGACUGCAGAACUGGCAAAGCACCAGAAAACCAGAAUAAAAACAGAUACCGAGAUAUCCUUCCAUAUGAUAAGACACGAGUUCCUCUGGGAGAAAAGAAUGGCUACAUUAAUGCAAGUUACAUUAGAAUGAAUGUUGGAGAAGAGGAACACUUUUAUAUUAUAACCCAGGGGCCUCUUCCAUCCACUAUGGGUGAUUUCUGGCAAAUGGUCUGGGAGAGUGAAUCAGAUGUGAUUGCCAUGAUGACAAAAGAAGUGGAGCUAGGGCAAGUCAAAUGUCAUCGAUACUGGCCUGAAUCUCCUUACAAUUCUAAAGAGCUGGCUAAUUUCUGUCUCAGGCUACACAAUUACCAGAUUCUGGAAUACUUCAUAAUUAGAAAAAUAGAAAUUAUCAACAAGCAGACAGAAGAAAAGCGCAUUAUAAGUCAUUUGCAAUUUACCACUUGGCCAGACCACAAUACUUCCAAACUGGCUGAGCAGCUUGUAAAAUUUAUUUGUUACAUGAGAAAAGCUCACAGGACAGGACCUAUUAUUGCUCACUGCAGCACUGGCAUUGGAAGAAGUGGAGUUUUGCUGUGUGUUGAAAUUCUUCUCAGCCAUAUAGAAAAAGAUUUAUGUUUCAACAUCAAGCAGAUAGUGAGAGAUUUGCGAGAUCAGCGUUUUGGCAUGAUCCAAACUAAGGAUGAGUAUUUAUUCUGUUAUGAAGUUGUGCUGGAAGUCCUUCAGAUCGUGCGAGCAAUGGAUUCCUACUGAAUGUGAUUCCUACAAUAUGACUCUUCCUGUUGCUAUUCCAUUGGACUCCAGAGACUUCUCAGCAACUACUUGACAGAGAUGUCAUGCCAGCACAGACAAGUGUUAUAUGUUUUUUUAGAUUACAAAGUAAUUUAAAAACCUUGCUUAACGUGUCCUGCGCAAGUCAUUUAUUUCUUGGCUCAAAUAUGAAGAAACAGCCAGCCAGCACUGCAACACCGCUGUGUCAAAUUGCUAUGCACAAUUUCUGCAUUCUGUGUAAUAACAUAUCCAUUGUUAGGAAUAUGUGUUGGGACUGUAUCAAGGAUAUAGCAGCCUUUAGAAUUAGCUUUACUAUCCAGAGAGCAACUAUAAGGAUUUAGGAUUGUAUUGGUGUUGGGGGAAGAGUAGUUAUCCCUCAUCUAUUGUUGUGCACUGUUUGCUUCUGGACUGCAAAUCAGUGUUUACUCGACCAGUUAUGCUUUUGCAUGGAAGGAAUCAAUUUGGUGACCUUUGGUUGCUUAAACAAUGUAGAACCAUCUCCAGCCCAUGAGUUUAUACCAUUAUCACCAGACAUCUCAAAUCAAGAAAUUGACAGAAAAAAUAGGAUGCCUUUAAACCCUGGUCCUCUUCAAAGGAAGAGCAUUCUAAUAAUUGGACAGAAUAUUAAUUUAUUCCAGCACUAUGAACAGAUGUAGAUAGCAUCAAUAUUUUCAUUCCACAUCCACAGAAAAAGAAAUGCAAUACUAAGCCAGGUGAAACAAUUGUGUGUGCGUUGUGGUACACACAUACUUUUCAUCUUUCCCUAAUCCUUUACAUUGAUGAAUUAUCUUCUCAUUCUUACCUAGGAUCUGAAAUAUGGGAUGUCCUGCUGGUUUCAGUAGGGGCUGAAUCAGAUCUUUUAAUUAAAGAACUCUCUGUACAGUUUAUUUUUCUUGUAAAAAGUGUUUCUGUUCGUGUGGGUGGAUUUGAACAGAAAUCUGCUGUUCAAGGCGUAAGAUUGUAUUUUUUUCCAUUUGUUGUACUUCUAAGUCCUUAUCUAGAAGGUGGCAUAUGGAAGUGAUUAGAUAUGCAUUAGAAGAGUAACUUGUAAACAUAGGAAACUAACAAUCUAACUAAAUUGUAUAUAUUUUUAAAACUUAUUUGGUUUCUGCAAAAGAGAAAAUACUAGGAGGCACUGGGUAUAAAACUGCAGUUGAAGCAAGAAAAUAAAAUAACUAUUUAUUUUAUUACCUAUUACAAAUUAGAGGUUUAUAAUUCAAAAAGAAUGGGGUAUUAAAUAAAAAUUUAAAUUAUGGCUUUAAGAAAAAGCCACUGUAAUACGAUUAUAAUUAAGGACAAGGGCCAUUUUUUUUUCUGCCCUCCAAUACUCUGAAGGCAGUCUCCAAUAUAGAAAUUCAAUUAUUAUGUGAGCCAGAUGCUAAUUUCAAACUUAUUAAUAAAGUUUCAGAGCAAUGCUAAAUAAAUCCAGGAGUAACUCUGGAUUUAUAUUGAUUUAAACAUAUACAGAACUCAAUGUUUUGUCUUAAAUUAAUUGAACUUGGUCCUUCCUCGAAGCAUUACUCUCCAUUUAUUCUCUUUAUCAUACGAAGAUCUGUUCACACAAUUCUGUCAAAUAUCAACAGUCAAUAUUUUCCUCAUAACUUUUUUACCUGCAUUUGUUAUUUGGCCUUUCACUUUAAUUACUUCACAUGUACUAGGCAAUCAAUGAAUUACACUGUAAUGAAUGCACAAUUCAUCUUUUGUACCACAAUAAUUUAAUAAGCUUCCUAGUGAAAAUAUUUCUGCAUUUCAUGCAAAGGUGGUUUUUUUUCUGUGGCUUAGAACAAGUAUUCUGGAUUUAGAAGACAAUCCUCACAGGUCAUUAUUUGUACAUCAUCUUUGCAACUGUUUCACAGAUGUGUUUGCUGUUUGACAUAAGU